GCACUACGGCUGACCCCUCCGGUUUCUGCGUGCGGUGCCACGUUAGUAGCGGUAGACACAAAAUACCAGCUACUCUCCCAACCUUAAACAAGGAAGAAGACCAAAACUAAGACCACUUCCACAGCUAACCCGUAGCCGACGGUGUCUGCCGCUCUAGUCUCUCUGCCAAGAACAAUACUCGAAGCAUAUAAUGUUGAAGCUUCUGCUCAUCUGCACACUGGCUGUGGCCAGCAGAGCCGAAAUCGUUGAGGAAGAUGACGUCCUGGUACUGAAGAAAAGUAACUUCGAGGAGGCUCUGAAAGCUCACCCCAACAUCCUUGUGGAAUUCUAUGCCCCAUGGUGUGGUCACUGCAAGGCCCUGGUUCCAGAGUACGCCAAGGCCGCCGGCAUGCUGAAGGCCGAUGGCUCAGUGGUGCGCCUGGGUAAGGUGGACGCCACAGAGGAGACUGAACUGGCCCAGGAGUAUGGCGUCCGGGGAUACCCCACCAUCAAGUUCUUCAAGGGCGGAGAGAAGGAGUCACCCAAAGAGUACUCUGCUGGCAGGACGGCUGACGACAUCGUGGCCUGGCUGAAGAAGCGCACCGGCCCGGCCGUCGCAACCCUGGCCGGAGUCACAGAGGCCGAGUCUCUGAUUGCUGACAGCGAGGUGGCAGUCAUCGGAUUCUUUAAGGUAAGACUCUGA